CGGUACCUCUGAGGUCACAACGCUAGACAAACUCUCACACCCUCACACUCGUUGACCACCACCAUCCCGUUUCGAUUGACAUUUGAGAAAAAGAUCUUCUGAAAAUAUGAAAUCAUCGUUUUUUCUUGUUCUUCUGUUAUUCCAGACUGCGAACAGUUGGCCACACAACAUAAUUCCACUUUCCUAUGAUCUUUUAUUCAAACUUCCGAUUCACGAAUUCAAUGGAUUCACUGGUUCAAUGGUCCUUCAUUUUAAUCUUUCUUCCCUGUCCGAUAAUAUCACUUUGGAUGCUGUAGAUCUUCAUUCAUUCCGUAAUAUUUCUCUGAUACGGUCUGCUGAUCUCACCGAGCCUACACUGAAAUCAAUUAAGAUUCUGAAAGAGAAAGUGGAGCUCAAGUUUGAGAAAUCUCUGUUUCCAGGACAAUACUUGCUAACAAUUGGAGAAUACAAUGGUCGCAUUGGAAACUCAUCCGAAGCUUUAUUCGAACGACGUAAUCCACUUCUCUACACAACACAUCUUCAACCAAAUCAUGCUAGACGUCUAUUCCCGUGUAUUGAUCAUCCCGCAGUCAAAGCCCUGUUUCGUUUAUCAAUUGUACAUCCAACUGAUACUGUUGCACAAUCAAAUACAAUUGCAAUGGAUGUCCACGUGGAAAAUAGAAAAUGGCAGAGGACUAUCUUCCAAGCGACACCGCUUCUUCCCGCAUAUUUGGUUGCUUUUUCUGUUAUGCCGGACUCGAAUUUACAGCUCUCCCGACAAACUUCAUUUGGAGUCACAGUUCGCGUGAAUGGAGAAUCUCGAGGACUUGUGCUCCGAGUUCUUGAUUGUGCUCUUGCAAGUUUUGAAAUCCUAGCUGGUCUUAUUGAUGUUCCAUUGCCACUGAAUAAGAUCGAUUUUAUUCUAGUCCCGGAAUACGAUGGUGGAAUGGAAAAUUGGGGGCAUAUUACUGUUUCCGAAACUUUGGCUACUUCUGGAGAUGACGCGCAUUUGAUUUAUUUGAUUGCUCACGAAAUUGCACAUCAUUGGAUUGGAAACCGUGCAACAAUUGACUCUUGGAAUUGGAUUUGUCUUCAAGAAGAUCUCACUGACUGGAUGGCUCUUAAAGCAGUUAAAGCUCUGUUAACUGAUGAAAUCAGGUUACAGAGGUUCCAAUUAGCUCAAUAUGUAGAGAUUCAGUUGGUUGAAGACUUUUUGAGUCCAGGACAUUCCUUGUAUAUGCCAUCAAAAAUUAAUCAGGAAUUGAUAAAUCGUCACUGUUACCUGAAAGGAGUUGUCCUUCUCGACACAUUGGAAUCAGUUGUUGGAGAGCAAUUCAUGUAUUCUGUGAUUAAAUCAUUAGUUGGAUCACACUCAACAUACAAUCUUACCACAUUCACUUCUUACUUUGACCAGAUUCGUGUUGAUAGGAAUGCAACUGUUGGACAGAUCUACGAAUAUUGGUAUACAACUGGAGGAUAUCCAUCAAUUCUUGUUGAAAACAAUGGACCAUCAUCACGUCUUCAACAACUCUCACGACCCCUUUGGCCAUUGAAAAUGACAUCAACUCUUGCGAUUCCACAAUUCGUAUUCUCAGAGUCCAUAGUUUUUGCAUCUGAAAAUGCCCCACUUUUGGUGAAUCUCAAUUUCACUUCAUUUAUGAGAGUUAACUAUGAUUCAUUGACAUGGACGGCUAUUUUUAAAUACAUGUUCGAAGAACCAGAGUUAUUCUCAGCAGUUGGCCGAGCCCAGUUGGUUUCAGAUUUUUGUUAUUUCUACGCAAAUGAUAAAGUUGACAAUGGAACUAUUCUCAAGGAGGCCGUUGUAGAUAUGGUGUACUCGAAACCUGAAUUCUUCGAACUCUGUGACUGGAAUCUUUACUGGUGUCAUUCUCGAUCCGAUCAAUCACUUUUUGCUCAAGUUGUACGUAGUCUGGCUCUCCGUUUCUCAUCUGCAACAUUUGAAUCCACAUCUGCAUUUGGCUGUAAAAAUGGAAUGGCGGCGAGAAGUAUGAAUCAGUUCUGCGAAAGAAUUUUUGGAAGAAAAUGCAUUUAAUUAUUGUUUUUUUUUUUGAAAUUUAUAUGUCCCACCGCAUCUCACUAGCAAAUCUAGUCAAAAAUCCAGUUGAAACUGUUGAAAAUACCGGUCGCCCUCAUUUUUUAAAGGUUUUAUUUUAUUAUAUUUUUUGCUUAAAUUAAUCAAUAAACUUUGUCAUUUG